GCUAACUUCAAAAAUGGCUAACCCCAUGCAAUCGACUAUUAUUCCGGACCAUGUCGAAUUGUUGUAUCCUGAAUUAUUAUCUAAAGAGGGUCUCAUAUGCAUUUUACAACAGGUUGGUCUAAAUUUAAAUAAGAAGUAAUACUCAACUAUUAGUUGAUGGCUGCGGCUAUCCGGGUUUCAGAAGUGAGAGGUUGGGUUUAUCAGACAUGUUUACCUUUAAAUCGUACAAUAAAACAAUAUCAUCACAAAAUCGUUCAAUACCUUAUAUUAUUUAUAGUAAAAAAUAAACAUACAGUAUAUAUGUUUACACCUCAAAAUCGUACAUUGUAUGCCAAAAUCAUAAGAGUAAACAGGUGUGGUUUAUUUUAUAAAAUUUAUUAAAAAAUAUUUAAAAUUACGAAGUGGUUAUGUGCAGCCAACUGCGUAUAACCCUGAGAGUUAUUAUACGCAGUCGGCAAGUCACGUGAGGUCUAUAUGAGUCCUGUGUAACACUAUCGAUCGAUAAAGGUGCCUCCUAAUCAGAUUGACUGGGUGGUCGAAUGGUCUAAACUGAGCAAACCUGAAAUUGGUGGACUUGAGUUCAAUUCCAGCCGAUGGUCAGCCAUGAAUAUGUGUUAGUUGUUAUGCUUGUUCUCGAGAAUGGAGCAAAAACAGCUAGGCUUAUUGUUUUAUUUUGUUGUGGCUAAAACAUGUUUAAACAUGAUAAGAAUUAUUAACUUGAGGUUAAUAAUGUUAUUCUUAUAAUUAUCAUAUUAUAUGUUUGUGUUGUUAAUAUAUAUUUUGUGCUGUUAACUAAUUUUGUGGCAGAUAAAAACAUGUUUCUGUGGUACAGUAAUUAUAAUCAGGGGUGGUGAGAAGCAGAAAAAAUAGCUGUGGGGGCAGGGGGUUCUGUAGAGAGGGCACUGUAUGUAAGUAAUACUUUCACACAGUUAUAGUUUUGCAUGGAAGCUGAAAACUGUUACAUUUAGGUCAACAACAAAAAAUAAUAAUAAAUUAUAUAAUUUUUAAAAAUAAAUAGAAUGUAUUUCCUGAAUUAGUCAGUAAAACCAACCACAUGAUGGUCAUAGCAACAUUUAAAAAAACUAAUCAAUCAGAAUACAGAACUAGACUUAGACCAUAGAAAUGUCUUUUAAAAAAUCAUCUUCUCAGGCUUAGACUCUAAAAAAUGUAGACUUUGACUUAGAUUUAUAAUUAUAAUAUAUAAGAUUAUACAAGCAAUAAUACUAAUAAUAGCACUAAUACUAUUACUAUCAUUCAAUAUUAAUUAAAAUUAAUUCAAUUAAAAUUUUACGUUAAUUAAACACAUUAAAAGUUAUAGUUCAAAACAACCCAUAAUGCAGCUAAUUACGAAUAAUACUUUUUUUUUUUAAUUGCCAAACUAGCGAUAAUAAACCUUAUUUGGCUAAAUUCCCAGCCGACUGCGUAUAACGCUUCCCUUAAAAUUAUCGUGUAUUAGUAUUAUUUAUUGAAAUUAUUGUAAAUUUGUGGGGUUUUUAUAAAACAAAAUUUGGUAUCAAAUGAAAGAUAAUCAAAUGAGAAUGGCAUAUGUGUUUGUAAACUUACUUUUUUCAGUUUAACUAAAAUAAACUACCACAAAUGAAAUAUGACAUACGAAAAGUCGAAUAGCAUUUAGUUUAGUCUAAAUGGACCCAGGUCCCUUUGUUUUGUAUAAACUUUAAUUUAGACAAAAUGAGGCAAAUGCUAUUCCCAUGUCAUUUUUAUGAUUUGAUAUUAGGUACUUUGAUAAGAAAAUGGAAACUUUUUGUAAAAAUAAAACAAUGGCAUACUUGAAUAGAGCUAAUUUUUUAAAGAAUUAUAACACCAAAAUCAUAUUUUUAGCUGUUGUAGUUUUAAAGUUAUGAAUUUUUAAAGUACGACUUGAUUUGUCAUUUUUUAACAUGGACUGCAUCUCCACAUUCUGUGACCCAAUUCCACUGUUCGUAUCACGAGCUAUAUUCCCUAUAUAACUCUCGUUUUAAUGAUAAUUUUAUGCAACUUUUAUUUUCAGAACUAAUGUUGUAUUAACAAAUGAUGUUAAUAAUGUUAUACAAUUAUAUAUAAAAUAUAGUUUAUCUAACUAUGCACUAUGUAUAACAAUAAAUUUAAAUAAUGUAUGGCUUUUCUGUUUACCAAAUCUACAGUGUCCAUUAUACUGGUAUAUGCUAUAUACUCUAUAUAAGGCAACGCACCCCCUAAAAUAUUGUUUGGGAUCUACUUAUUUUGAACUUUCAACUUUGGCACAACUAAUGCUGUAUUAACAAAUGAUGUUAAUAAUGUUAUACAAUUAUAUAUAAAAUAUAGUUUAUCUAACUAUGCACUAUGUAUAACAAUAAAUUUAAAUAAUGUAUGGCUUUUCUGUUUACCAAAUCUACAGUGUCCUUUAUACUGGUAUAUGCUAUAUACUCUAUAUAAGGCAACGCACCCCCUAAAAUAUUGUUUGGGAUCUACUUAUUUUGAACUUUCAACUUUGGCACAUGACUAAUUAACUAAAGUUUUCCUUGACCAAUGGUGUUAAUAGUUUUUGCACACUGCAAACUCUUAUGAAUGAAACUUGAGGUAUUACUACGGCAUAGCAUUAUGCAAAUGGCUGUGAAUGGUUUCCCAUGAGUUUUUGCACACUGUCAAUUCUGAUCGUUAAUAAUAUGGACUCUACCAGGUUUUUAAAGCUCAAAUUUAAACAUUCUGGUUUAAAUGUCUUCAAAAUGCAUUCCGAAACACAAGUUAUCAAAUAUUUUGAUGUAUAUAGAGGUAAUAAUGAAUAUUUCCUAAGCCUAAGCUAAGUAUCAGCAUUUUCCGCGAUCACUAAUCCAAUAUGGCCUGUGCGACUUUUGCAUAAUGAGGUCAACGUUGAGGAGAAUUGUGAAAAUGUUUCAUGAGCUAUCCCAAUGAAAUUUUGCACAUGUGUACUUAAACAAAUUAUGCAGGCCUACUUUUAAUAUGAAAGACCUACUUUGAAUAUUUAGACCAAAUUUUUUAAUGCGAAGUUGACAUACGAUUUUCCUCACUUAAAGUUGAGAUAAAGAACAAAUUAACUCAAUGGGAAUGUAGUUCAACAUUUCUCCUAACGUUAAUGGGCGGAGUCAAACCUUAAUUAUGGGCCUAAAGAACUCCUAAUUUAUUCAAAUUACAUGAAAAAAUAAAAAAUCGGAUUCUAUUGCGCCAACGCCCAUUUCCGAUACAAAUUUACUAGGAGUGUCCGUUGCUUCAGCAGAGUAUCUAUUGACAUGUGUGGUAGUUUAUUUUAUUAUAUUUAUAGUAUUAUAAGUAUAGAUUAUAGAUCUAUCUGUAUACGGCUGAAGUAUUUUUAUGCUUUAAUUUCACCAAAGUGCCUACUAGUUUGGUAACGGCUAGUUCAACUAGUAAUUUUAGGUGUAGGUGAGAUCAUUUAGUAGUAAAAUACUUAAAUAAGUUAUCUAUGUAGCCUAACAUUUUUGUAUUCGUUAUUUUAAUUUUAUAGAGUGACUUCCUCUGGCCUCUAACUAGUAUUUUCUGUAAUGUCUAUAAAAGCUGAGGUAGGAUUUGUGGGGUACCACUGGUGAUGUCUUCCGUUAUAAAUAGGUCAUGGAAGUUCCCAAAUCUACUUCCAGCUAUGUCUAUACUUUUUUUAAAAAGCUUAAAUCGUAAUUUAUAACAACAAAGGAUAAUUUAUGAGGGACCUCAUUCUAAGCCAUGUAAAGUCAAAGUAAAUAUAAGUAGUGGAACAAGAUGUGGUGGGGCUUGAAAAUUAAUAUAUAAACAUAUCUGAAUCUCGUUCCACUAUUUAUGUACUUUAACAUAGUACAGUCACAGUACAAUGAGUAGAUCUAGGCCUAAGUUGUAUUAUUGCAACUUUUUGUACAUUUUGGGCUAGCAGUAUGCGAUUUGCCAAGAGUUGUCUCAACCUAAGCGCUCUGAUGUCAUUUUGGGCAAUCUCAACACUGGAGUUAGAGUGAAUAGACCAAUUGAAGGACCUGAUUGAUGUGUGUGAUAACUUUCCUGUUCUUCAUUGAGCAUGGCUUGCAUUGUAAACUUAAUCUGACAAUUGAUAUUGACAGUAACUAGGCCAUGACAGGCAGUUCCCGCUCAUAACAGCAAGAUCACAGUUCAGGAACUGCUCAUUCCUGCCAAAGACAAUCAGGGACUGGAACAAGCUUUCAAAAGGAACAGUUGAGGCAACAACAUUUGAGUCUCUUGCCUCCUGCCUUCCAACCCCCAGUUCUUGAUACCAUCGCUGAGUAGCCCUUGCAACCAGUGAAGUAUCCUCUUCAAAACCAUGCUCAGAAGCAUUGCAAACCCCCUCUACAAACAUAGGAGCCAGAAUUUUUUAAAUACAUUGAUUGUGGGCCAUCAAAAUAUAGAAGAAGAAGAUAUGGUUAAAAUGAAGUGUAUUAAAAUGACAUUUUCUAUUCAUUUUUAUUAAAAUUCAAUUUACAAGUUAUCAAAAGAAAUAAAAAAAGAAACACAUCAUUUUGGAUACCUCCAAGAUUAACACAGGGGAAGAAAAAAAGAUGCACGCUAAAAGUGAGGCCUUUUGAUUAGUUGAAAAUCGAAGUACCAGUUUGCUAAAACAUUGGUACUUUAUUUGUAUAUAUAUAGUGCAUAACUAUUUAAGUUACAAUCUAUUUAUAAUUGCAUAACAUUUUUAAAAUAACAUUUUAAAAUUAGCAAUAAUUCUGAAAAUUUAAGUCAUAUAAAAUUACCAUUAAAAUGAGAGCACGUUAUACAUACAGUGGAACUGGGUCAGGAAGGACAUUUUGCCAUAAUUUUCUAGGGAGGUAACACCCCUCCUCAACCACACCCCCCCCUCCCCUUUUUUUUUUCAAUAUUAAAAUAGAAAAUAAGAAAGAAAAUAAUCUUCUGGUGAGAGGAUACUCCUCCUCCUCUUUCAAAAAUAGAAAAUGAGAAAAAAACUUGCAUCAAGUAAACACAAAGAUAAAUUCUAAAUCUUUUUAAUAGGGAGAUAUAGACAGAAGUUGACCUGCUGGAGCCUCCAUGACCUAUAAACUGUGAAACCCAUCACCAGCCUUACCGCUAACCCAAAAUUAGCCAAACAUUUUAUAGAAGCCAAAGGAAUUAAUCAAAAUUAAAUUUUAACUUAAUGAAUGAUAAAGCAUAUUUUAUUAUCUUUUUCAGCGUUUUAUCGGACAGACACUGACAGACUUGGAGUCUCUUGAUAAAGAUGCCCUUGUGGAACUAUACAAUCAAUAUAUUUUGCCAUUACCUCAAAGAAUCUACAGAUUAAACAGACGAGGCAGAGAAAUGACAAAAAAGCAAUCCUCAAUGGCAAAGAAAAGACGAUUAGAAAUCAAUGAUGCAUCAGUUCAGCCUCUAUCAAAGUAAAUACACUAAAUUUGUCUAAUUUCGUAUUGCAAGUUUACACGACACAAGUCUUGUUUAAUUUUUACCCAAGUGGAUCACUUGAUUUUCAUUGUUUAAAAAUAAAUAUGCCUUUCUUUAAACUAAAUCAAAUUUUUUAGCUAGAUGAUUUCUUUUGUAGGAAAAGGGUGUCCAACAUAAAAGAUCCUAAUUUGGAUGACAACCCACAUGGCUCUGGAAGCAGACUGAAGCCUCCACCUGCCUCCCAAACUUUGGAUAAAAAAGUUGUGAAACUUAACACUUCAAAAGUUGGACUAAAUAAUUCAAAUGAUAUUAUCAUCAAAGAUUUUAGCAAACUAAUUACAUUGGAUGCUUGUAAAGACUCAACAAUUGAUGCUAAAGGAGAUCAAGGUAAAAGCACUGGAUCUAAUCAAAGGAAAAGACCACAGACUACUGAGGAAAAUAAUUCUGAGGUAAGAAAUUAUAAUUUCAUUUUACUUAGCAAUCUGAAAUGCUUCUUCUGGAAUUUAAUUCUUAUUUAUUUUGUGUUUUUAUAAGUGAUUUUGAUUUUGAGAUUUUAUUUUAAUAUUUGGUGUCAAUUAUAUUUUUAACUUCUGUUAAAUAAUUGUCACAGAGCUUGAGAAUCUUAAUUUUAUAUGACAUGAACAGAAAUAAUGUAAAUAAAAAAUUUAAACUGGAUUAAUUAAAAUUACAUAGACCUUUUUCUUAAGACUAAAAAUAAAAUCCAAUCAAUGAUGGUGCUCAUGAUUCACAUGUUCUAUCAAUUCAACAGGAUUCAAACACUUCAUCGGCAAAGAGACAUAUCAACAAGAUUUCUUGGCCAUAAUGUAUGUAAUCCAUCCAGAACAUUUGGUUACAGGUGAAAGGAAAGUGAAAUGGUGUCUAAUGAAGCAUUUGGCUACAACAUUAUGACAAGGGUAUUUUGAUUCGAGUAGUCACCAAAAGCCCUAUUAAAAUAGACUUGCCACCACAAACUGGAGUUUAUAACAAAACUAACUAGAUAUUUUACAAUUAUCUGGUUUAAAUUUGCCAUUACCAUUGAUUUAAAACAGGGAUGGCCAUAAUUUUGUGCAGAGGGCUGCAUGGAAUUUUUUUUUUUUUUUGCUGGGAGCAUGAGAAUCUCUAGGAAUCUAGAGUUAUAAACAAUACAUCGUACACAUUUAAUAAUUUUUAAUUUUUUAAAAUAAUUACGGUGCAGAUGAUGCUUACAGAUAGUACUAUACUAUAUUGAACACAUUUAACACAUAUUUAAUAAUUGUAUUGCUAUGAUAACAAACAGAUGGCAUCUGAUAACUAGUUAACAGUGGAGAAAGUGCUAGUCUGUUAGUAUCAAAAGAACAUAGUAAAUACUAUUAUUUAAUUACACUUUUUUUUAGCUUUUAAGUAGUUUUUAACUGGUUUCCCAUAAUACAGAAUCAAAGUACUUAUGUAUUAUAAAAUAUAGAAUCCAAAUUUGUAUUAGUGAGCUGAUACCUAUACUUGGGUUUAUUGAUGUUCAUGCAGCCUUGUCCUCAGGUGUAGGAUUAGCUACAUAAAACAAUCAUUUUCAAGGCCAAGUGUUUUAUAUUUGGAAACAUAUCAUCAUAUAGAAGUGCAUAAAUGUUUUUUAACUCCAUGCCUUUGAAUUUCUCUUUGAGAAUGUUGUCAGUCUGUUUGUUGAUUCCAGCUGCAGAUCAGUAGAAGCUUUGCCAAUAUACCGGUCUGAAAAUGGCCUGUUGAGAAGAACCAACUGGUCCCCAAAAGCUUUAAAAUUGCUCAACCAUCUUGAAAACUCUUCCAAAGAUAAUAUAUGAUUUUUGUGCACAUUCUGAUAAUGUCUGUAUCUUCAAUGUUGGGAAGUGAGCAAAUUACCACAAAUUACAUCCGAGUCUAAUGGUCCCGAGUGCGAAUGGCAGCGCUGCGUGUCUGGGUCCAUUUGACUCAGUGCUAUUAGGAUGUGGUAGUUUAUUUUAGUUAACUGAAGAAGUAAGUGUACAAAAAUAUAGUCCAUUCAAUUAUCUUUCAUUUGAUACCUCAUUUUGUCUUAUAAACCCAACAAUAAUAUUUUAAAUAGUUUUUUAAUCCCAAUCUCUCACUUCUGGUACCUGGGUACGAAUAGCCACUUCGUUUUAAAUUAGAUGCUACUAAUUUUAGUAGUUGUAUUCAAACACUUUAGAAAUCACAGACUUGGUUGCUUGGCCAGAUAUUUUAAAGAAUUAAGGAUCUAUGUUAAUGUACCUAAUUGAAGGUGGGCUUCAAAAAUUAAUUCCAAGUUCAGUUUGAAAAUAGGCAGGUUAUUAUUACAUACAGUUAAGACAAUUUUACACUGUAUUUAUUAAUUUUCAAGACUUUUACAGAAUAUCUUUUGAAAAUGUUUACAUUUUAUGAAAACAUUAACCCUGGUCUUACAGGCUGCAUUAAACGUUUAACUGGCCCUAAAGUUGUCUGAUUUAAAGGUUUCUUAAACAAGCCUUAGGGUUUGAUGAAGUAAGAAAAGUGUGUGUUUAAAAAAAUCAAAUUUUGAUUAGUUAACAAUGGAAUCAAAUUAACUUAACUACCGGUAUUUAAAGUCAAGUCAAUUAUAUUUAUUUUUCAGUUUUACAUGCAACGACAAAUUAUUGAUUAAAUGUAAACAAAUAUUAUGUAACAAAAGCUAUAUACCAAACAUAUUUUUAAAACAAACAUCAAAGAUACUGCAUUAAAAAUAUGGAUACCUGAAUUCUUUUAAUUACCAAGAAAAAGUUGAUUACCAGGGUAAUUAAGCCUUAUUGCAAGCAAAACAGUACAACAAAUAAAAUUUUAAUUGCAACCUAUUUUAUUUAUGUAAAAUAGAUUUAUAUAUAUAAUUUCCACUGUCAGAGUUAGACAUAGCAUAGAGUUAUAAACCAUAACAAUGAGAAUUUUUUUUUUUUAAAUUGAUUUUAACCGAAUGAAAAUAACACAAUUUUAAUUAUGUAACUGUGAUUAAACAUAUUUUAUAUCUAAAAUGUUUCCAUUAGGUUUUAAACUAAUUUUAAUAAUAAUAAUAAUAAUAAAGUUUAUUUGAAAAACACGCUUCAUCCCCAAAAGCUCGAAGCGCUGUACAAAGUCAACCAUAUUAAAAAGAGAAAUAAAAACAAUCUAAAAUUUACCACAUUUAAAAACAGACGCAACAAUAUAAAACUACAUACGAGGAUACCCAAUCAAACUACAUACGAGUAUACCCAGUCAAAGUCUUUCAUCCCGUUUCAACCAUAAGCAACACAAGCCAAUAUACAUUAACUGAAAAAUAUGGUAGAUAGCAUCACCCCAGAAGGUGUUUGCGAUAUAGAUGAGUUUUUAAAUCGAUUUUAAAGGACUCCAGUGUCUGGCUGUUUCUGAGAGCGACUGGAAGUGCGUUCCAAAUAAUAGAUGUGGGGAAGUUCCUAUCCAUAUAAAACACUAUUUUAACAUUUUAAAAAAUUGCAUUUCUAAAAGAUGCAAAAAACAUAUUUUUUAAAAUAAAAGUAUCUCUUUGGUGCAUAGAUUUUUAACUCAUUCUAAUUGAAAAAAUUACAAAUUAUCAAUGGUUUGCAUUGCAUGAGUUAUUGUAUGAACACUUUUUUGACAUUGACUGCAGUUUCCUGGUUAAGACCCUUGCAAAUAAUAAAACCAUUUUCUUUAACAGUAAGUUUCUUUUUAUUCAACACGAACACUAUCCUGGUUAAGACCCUUGCAAAUAAUAAAACCAUUUUCUUUAACAGUAAGUUUCUUUUUAUUCAACACGAACACUAAUGGGGUUUACAAAAAUAAUUAGUGAGAUCAGUUUGAAGUACCAUAUAGAGAUGUCCCUUUUUUAAACAAACAUUUGAUUGCACAAGGUGUCAUUGUAAUGCUUAACAUGACAACUUGAACCAGCAAAUAUCUUGUGCAGACUUCAAGUUUGUGGUGCAGUAGAUUUAGUUGUACUACCAUUAUUAAAGGGAGUUGUUGCAUCACAUAUUGUCAUUAUGAGUCUUAACCACAAUAGAUACCACAUGGAGCUACAAGCCAACCUGUAUGUAUUAGAGAUAUUUUAAUUAUUUUGCUGCUUUUUACUAUGAUUGUAUAGAUUUUUACUACAUGAUUGUUAUCGCCACUAUCAGUGUUCAAAUUGGUACCUUUUUUUUGUUACAUUAUGAACCUGGGAACUGUCAAUGUAAUAUUUUUUACAUAAUCUAAAGGAUUCAUAAUAAAAGUUGUUAUUGAAUUGUAAAACUAGCUUUAAUUGUUAUUUUCAUGCAUGGUACAAAAGUGGUUAAGUAUACAAAGACUUGCCAAAAAAUUGUGUAAAAUUCGGAGUAGCAAUUUACAAAACUGACAACAAAGCAAGUUUACAUCAUAACUAUAUCAAGUGUAAAACAUGUUUCUGAAUCAUUUUAGAUAAUCCUACUUCAGCAAAUUUACCAAUGUUUUGCAAUCACUAUCCAAAGUUGUUGG